CUCAACACUGCCAUCUACUACCACAAACGAUUUAAAUAUCACGGAGAUAAUUUCUACCAUGGUCCAAAACGUGAUCGUCUUGGGAGCAUCUGGCGCCCUCGGCUCAGUGGUCCUGAAUGCCUUGGCUGAUUCCGGCUUCACCGUUUCAGCUCUCGUGCGCUCUUCAUCCAAAGCCACAUUUCCCCCUGGUAUUCCUGUUCACCGGGUGGAUUACGACGACUUGCAAGCCCUUACUGCGGCUUUCCAGGGACAAGAUGCGGUGGUUUCCACCAUCACCACAGCCCACGUGGACGCGCAGCGGGUGGCUGUGGAUGCCGCAGUGGCGGCCAAGGUGCAGCGCUUCAUUCCUAGCGAGUAUGGCGGCGAUUCGUCGAAUCCAGAUCGCGUUGAUGUCGGAGUUUUCCAGUCUAACAAACGACGGAUUGUUGAGUAUCUGGAGAGCAAAGAGAAGGACGGCUUGACCUGGACUGCCAUUUGCACGGGCAGCUGGCUGCAUUGGAACCUUGAACUUGACAGUGCAGAAUUAGGUUGGGAUCUUCCGGGACGGCAAGUGACUAUCUACGACGGUGGAGAACCCAAGGUCGAUCUUUGUACUCUGGAGCAGGUAUCGCGCUCCAUCAUUUCUACUCUCCGCCAUCUGGAAGAGACAGAGAAUGAAUACGUCUAUGUCAAGUCAUUCUCUGCGAAUCAGAAUGAACUACUCCCACUUGUCGAGCGGCUGUCGGGUCAGAAGUUCAAGGUUCACCAUUGCAGUUCGGAGGAACGGGCUUCGACUGGGAUGAAGGAACUGAAGGAGGGAAAGCAGGAGUCCAUGUACAAGGUUAUCGCGGCCACUGCGUAUGGGCCGUGGGGGAUCGGGCAGUUUGGCAACAAGCCUGACAAGUGGAUGAAGGUGCUUGAGCUGCCCACUGAUGAAGACUUGGAGGCUGCGGUUCGCGCUUCUUUGAAGAGAAAGGGAUUGGUUUAGACCCUAUUCAUGAUCAACUUGGCUCGCUUUGUUAUAAUAUAAAUUAUAUAUAAAUUGCAAGCUGCGGUACCACGAUGUCUUGGCAGAUCUUUUGCCAAGACAAAGCCAUGAUUGUCUGCCACAAAGGCCACUCAACACUCCAUUCAUCGAUA